GGGACAUCAUUUAGCAGGAAAUAAGAAUCACUUGUCUCAUUAAGCAACUUCCAUGUUGUGAGUGGUCGACACACACGAUCCACGAACAGUACAGUUUGGAGCAUUCGUACUUAACACUGUAUGACGUCACGUGUGUCAAUGUGAGAUCCCCCUACUCAUGAAGUCCGUAUUUAUAACACUAGACGUCGUAGUCCUUUGGGUGGCUGUUGUCGUACCGGGAGACGGAGAUGAACUGGCUAACUUGACGUGGUACAAAGCCACCCAGGCUUGUAGAACACGCGGCGAAGAACUUUACCAUUCCACCGACAAGUCACUCGUUGCACAGUUCCUCGACAACAACUCCGGAAAACACUGGAUCGGAGCUAAAGUGAUGUACUCUUCCUGGACAUGGACAGAGGAUCGGAGUACGUUAUUUACGCACGUGGGUUAUCGAAAUGUUACUGACGAAGAUACAUCUGUGCAAACCUUUUUGUAUACCAACCAAGCCGUGCGAUGCUUCUCGAAAUGUACGCCCGAUGCAGAGUAUGUUGGCCUACAGGGAUCGAAAUGUUUUUGUCUUGAUUCAUCGGAAUACACUGCAGGAAACACUGCGCAGGAACGGUGCUGGGGAAACUCUCAGGAAUUCUGUGGCACUUCACACGGGAUGAGUGUUUACAAACCCGGUACGUCACAGAGGGAUAUGUCAAACCCUAUCAAAGUUAAAGAUUCAUUCUUCAAGGCAAAUUUUACUAACGCAUGCAGCGCUCGCAGCGACAGAUUUGUUAACUAAAAA